AUGACAAAGAAUCCCGAAGAGUUAGAGUUAGAGUUAGGAUUAGGGUUAAGGUUAGGAUUAGAGUUAGAGUUAGAGUUAGGGUUAGAGUUAGGAUUAGGGUUAGAAUUAGAGUUAGAGUUAGAGUUAGGAUUAGGGUUAGAGUUAGGUUUAGG